AUGCCUUUGGUUCUCAGCUCAGAGAAGCGAGCUGAACAGCCAGGCCUCCUCCAGGGGGCGCUGCUGGGAGCAGACCAGAACCGCCUUCGCAGGCCGGGCGCACCCGCCCAGGGCUGCAACCCUCCCAGGCCUCGGGAGCCAAGCCCCGCUUUUCCUGUGGGAGGACCGCCUUUCGCACCCCAAGGUCGGGAGGCGCCCACUACCGGGUCCUCACAGCCGCGUUACGCAGACGGACACCGGCCAUCCACCCAACGCAGCAGAGCUAUAGGCCCCGCCGCCGAGCAUACGUGCGUAGCGGGGCCGCGUGGGCAACUUCCCAGCCGCCCCGGCGGAGAGCGUGUACCGCGGAGGCUCUGGGAGACGCCCGGGCCCCAACUACACGGGAAGCGGAGACCCGAGACCCGCCAGCCUAGGAGGGACCUGCAUCCGAACAGCAGGGCUUCUCCCAGGCCUCCGGCGGCUGCCCCCACAGCUUCCAGCCUCCGGCAGCCCCGAGCCGCAGCCCGCAGCUUCGAGCCGCCUGAGGCCCCGCCUCCAGCGGUCCCGAGCCGCCGCGACCCCAGCGGUCCAGUGGUCAGCGGUCCCAAUGCCUACAGCCCCUGGACGCCAGCGCGCCGCCUCCGCCGGCUGCGCGGUCUGAGGCGCUCGCUGGCCUAUCUUGACUCUCCGUUUCCUAAUCUGUUAAAGCAGAAUGGUGGAGACUCCCUGCAACAAUCCCUGAGCGCGCGGCGGCCUCCGAACAGGAGCCGCCUACACUGUCAAGCCUGCGAACCCCCAAGCCCCGAUAGGCGAACAAAGGUCGCGCCACGAUCCGCCCGCCCCGGUAGCUCUAGCGGGCGCAGCUCAUUUUCAACACGGGCGGCGCCCCAACGGCGCUACAAUAUCCGCCUCGCCCAGGGCGGGGCCCUGCGUGGGCGGCGCAUGCGCCGAAACGCUCGCCCCCGGGCUCCCGCGCAACGCAAACCCGGGACCAGGAGGGGCGUUUCCCGUCAGGCCUCGCGGCAGGCCUCGCGGCAGGCCCGCCCCGGAGAGGGCGGUGGGGCCGGAACUGCGUCGGGGAGAACCGCCAGGGGGCGUGAGGCCGACUUUCAGCUUCGCAGACUGACCCGGACGGAACGCUCGAGAAAAUUACAGGCAGUGCGAACAUUAAAAAAGAAAACAAGCCCGUGA